UGUAUUGCCUAGCUUGAACUUUAAGCUGACUGAUGCACUGCCAACUGCUGGAAUUUUACAGAGAAAAUGAAGGUGAGCGUGGAAGGGGAGAAGGUGAUACUGGUACCCUACAUGAGAGAGCAUGUGCCAAAGUACCAUGAAUGGAUGCAAGAUCCUCUUCUCCUUCAAGCAACUGGUUCUGAACCACUUACCCUUGAGCAAGAAUAUGAAAUGCAACUUUCUUGGACCCAAGACCCUUUAAAGCAGACUUUCAUCGUGUUGGACAGGGAACUAAUUGUUGGAAACUUCACUCAUGGAGAACCUCAUGUUGAAGCCAUGGUUGGUGAUGUGAACAUAUACGUGAAUGACUUGGAUGAUCCCCAAAUGGCUGAAGUCGAGAUUAUGAUAGCUGAACCAAAAAGUCGUGGCAAAGGGCUUGGCAAAGAAUCUGUUCUCAUGAUGAUGACAUUUGCAGUUGAUAAUUUCAAGAUACAUACCUUCCGUGUCAAAAUUGGAGAAUUAAAUCAGGCCUCUCUCAGCCUAUUCCAAAAAUUGGGUUUCAAUGAGACCUCUUACAGUAAAAUAUUCAACGAGAUGACCUUGGAGUUGCCAAUGACCGAGUCAAAGAUUUUUGAGCUGCGUCAAUUAGGUGGGAAUAUGGUUACACAUUCAUAGCACAUGAAGACACAUGGUGUAUGCUGAUGACAGAGUCAAUGUACGGUGUUGGGAUGAAAAUGGAUGCAUCUGAGGGAUGUCGUUCGAGACUGAGAGUCCACCUUGCCAGACAUGAUUUACUGUGGUUCCAUUGCCCAGUGGCCCUAUAGUCGCAAAGAUAAUCAUCUCGUUGUUCAAGUAUUCUGCAG